UCUCUUUCUGGCUCCCCCAACUCUCGACUCUAGGUUCACUUACUUACUCCAUAUAAAGCAAGUUACCUCUAGUCAACUGCUAGCCCUUCCCAUGAUCGCUAUACAGCCCCCUCAACUACCAUUUCAUAGUCCAUUAUCCCGGUCUAUCGACAUUCCGUCAACUGUCGCGUUGAUAUCACCGAGGAGCUCCUUUCUGAGCAAAGAAAACAAGUUAUGUGCGUCAGACUUUGGCAGGGGGAUUGGUUCAAGGAGCACUUUAUCCCUUGAAAACAUAAGGGAGGAAGACGGAGGCGAAGGCAUUCAUUCCGACAUUACGGGUGUGUAUUGUCAUAUUGCCUUUUGUUGUUGUACUUCCUUUCGAUUCGAUACAUUGUUUUCUUUUUACGGCAACAACCAGUCCUGACACUCUUUUGUAGUCGCUUCUAGUUGUACUUCACCCUCCCAACUGACUUUGGACACCGACACGACCCCUUCCUCUCAAGAAUCGUCUAUUAUCACGGUUGACGCGUUCAACAACUGCGAAGCUUCCAGCAGUAACAGCAUUCCUUCAAUUUUACCCAUUUACGACUCCAAGGCCCCAACCAGCGCAUCUCGUGCCUUAAACAACCGCAGUGGACGAUUCAGGAAAGCUAUCAGUGCGCGUUCUCGUUACACUGGGAUGCCUUGGGUUCACGCCUCUCCGCACGACCUUUGGCAGGUCGUCCCGUCCGACAGCCAUCCCACAAUUCAGAGACCGCCAUUUUCUCCCAUCCAACCGCAAACACACUCUCGCCGUAAUGCAAGUGUCCUUCCGGAGUACCCCCUUCCUCAGGUGAUUGCUAGAGCCAGCGAGAGUUCUGCACCGAAAGCUAUAGGAUCAGAGAGAAAACUGCGACUGCUGCAGCAGCAACGGGAGCAGCCUAUGGUUGACGUUGUUCCGACACCGGAGUGGAAUUCUGGAUCCAUUCCGACGUCUUCCUCAAGACACACUGGAACGUUCCCUUCCCGACAAGCGAAACGCUUCGGGGCUGCUCAGUCCCAGGUUUCUUCUUUGUCCCAACCUGUGUCAGGGUCGAUACCAGAGAGACCAAAACACCGGACGAUACCUUUACCUCCUCAGGGUUUACCUACACCACCUCCCACACCACCUUCCACACCCUCUUCCCCGCAUCUCCCGAUUCAUGCACCAGCACCCACACCGAUCCGAACCUCAGCGUUACCCCUAAUCCACCUCCCACCUGCCCCUCAAGCCCAUUCUGACUACCAGCAGACCCAGGAACUGAUCCAAAAAUACAAGUCCAUAUCUAAAUUCAACGCACACCGAUUCCGACACGGUACGAAAUGGACACCAGUGCCUCGAUUCUCGUCAGGUUUGAAUCCUGCUAGGGAGGCUUUGGGAGAGGUAUUAGGUGCCAAAGGGAAAGAUUUCGUUGACGGGGAGAGGUGGGAGAAGGAAAGGGAGAGGGAGAGGGAGAGGGAGUUGGAAUUAGAGAGAUUGGGAUUGGGAUUGGGUUCGGGUUCAAGUCUGGGCUUUGGUCGAAAAGAGAAAUCGUGGAACUAUUUCCGGAGAGCUCAAUCCGUAGGAUUACGUUCUCGGUCAGUCUGCGAACGUUCUCAUUCCCGAUCUGCGUCGGGGGGUUGCGUAUCUGUGAGCGCGUACCUUCGAGGAAGCGACCAAAAGCAUUGUUUGGGGUGUAGAAGGGAAGGGUUGAGAGUGAGGUUGUUGAUUGUUCAGCUUUGGAGGAGGAAUUUGUGGGAGGGUGGGAGCUCGAUGUCGACGAGUGCGACUGCUACUCCGAUUUUAGAUUCGGAUUUAGAUUUUGAUCUGGGGAUGCGGCUAGGUUUGGAGUUUUUGGGCUCCGAGUUUGAGUUUGAUGACGAUGAAGACGACGAGGAUGAGGACGAUGUAGAUGUGAAUGUGGAUGUGGUCGGUGAGAACGGGGGGUUGGGGAGGAGAUUUGUCAUGGAUCACUGGGAUGAUGAUAGUUCUCAGGUUGGUCUGGGUCGCGUGAAGGAGAGAAAGGGAAGCGAACAGACUGAAACGAACAGAGACAUUCCAAUGGACGUGGAUUCCGAAACCGAUUCAUUCUCUGGACCUCGACGAUUGGAUGAAGAGCUCAUGCGAGCACAGAUGGAAGUUGACAGCGAUGACCAUAACCAGGUCGUUGUCAAGGCACCAGAGACGGUAUGGGUAGGAGGUGUCCCCGAUAGCCCGAGGCUCAAGGACUUGGAUGAUUUUGAUAUGUAA